GAAGAACAAGUGGCCUUCAUAAAGGAAACUACUCACAAGGUUGCUGAAAACCCUUCGACAGCCCACGACCGGUUUCGUCCUUCUUGGGACUCAUCAGGUAGGCGCAGUCCCCGAGUUUCCGUCAACCUUAUGUUCUAUUUGAACCCCAAUUGGACUGUUUUCGAGAAAUACACUCAUCUACAAAUCAAUUUGGUUUUCACGAGACACUCAACUGAAUCUCUCGUGGUCUCCAGUCGUAGUUUGGGUGCGCUGUUUGGUUGUUGGUCUGUUCGCCGAGCUUUACAGUUAGAUUGCAAACGUUUCAUCACCAACCGAGGUGACAUCGUCAGUGCAGGGUUGAGUGGCGCUGACGAGUGGUGCACUGACGAUGUCAACUCGAUUGGUGAUGAAACGCAUGCAAUCCAACUGCCAAGCUCGGCGAACAGACCAACAACCAAUCCCCGCCCUGGAAAUCGAACACAGUCAGCACACACAGACUCGCGCGCGCGCAGGGAGCAAGUAGUCAGCCAAGCAAUCCAAAUCCACGGACAAUUAUGGAACACGUGUAGCAGCCAAACUGCAGAGAAAACACGUUCCCACCGUCCGAACUUUCACCAAGGAACUCUCACAUAUGACAAGUUCCCUUUUGACUUGCCUUUAUUUUAUAGAUGCUGCAACUCGCUUCUGAAACUACUCACAAGGUUGCUGAAUACUCUUCGACAGCCCACCACCGGUUUCGCCCUUCUUUGGACUCAUCAGGCGCAGUCGCCGAGUUUUCACCGUCAACCUUAUUUUCUAAUUGAGCAUCGGCAGUUGGACAAUUUGCAAUACGUGUGGAAUCAUUACCCGUCUGAGGCGCAAGACGAAUUCCGUGCU